AUGGCAGCGCCAGUGGAGCGUUCCCACUGCGCCACUACGCAGUCCGAUAGUUCACUCUUUGGACCCAACACAGAGAGCUCGGACGGAAACGUCUUCUCGGAGAAUGGAAACGUCUGUGAGACCUUUAGGGAGCAAAUCCGUGGUGUGCAGAGAUAUAUCAAGAACUCGCCCACGGGGGUCAUGAGAAGCGUGUAUCCCAAGCAAGACGUCUGCCGAGUCUUGACCUAUAAUGCCGUUCGGUCACUCCUGCACUGUGCAUGCCACCGCUGCCGCGGCAUUCUUUCUCCCGCCGCCACGGAGCAAGACAUCGCCACGAUCUUCAGCGAAUACCGGCUGAUCCUCGCCAUCCUCCUGGAAAUGGACCGUCUCUACCUUAUCCAUAGCUUUGUCGAGAAUAAGUACACCGACGAGAGGGCACUGGCUCGGCCGCUCGAGAAGAGUGAACUGGAGCGCAUCGUCGAUCAGAUUUAUACCAAACUGCAGAUCCGCGAUAAGUACUUUGCGAGGAAUUUCCACCACCGGAAGCAGUACGAGUUCCUUCUGCCGAAUAUCUCGACAUUGGCGGGAACGGACGUGGAUGGCAUCGAAUCCGUCAACAUCAACCAAGCUCUACCGAUUCACCUGACCAGCCAACUCGGCCGGGGCGGAUACGGCGCGGUCUACCGCGCCUCGCUUUUCGAGGGCUACCACGACCUCUCGACCACGGACGGCCAUGUCGCCGUCAAGAUCAUCAGCAUUCCCUCUGGCGGCGGCAGCGGGGCGGAGCUCGGAUCCUGCGGCAGCAGCGGCGACUGCUGCAGCGGCGGGCCGGAAUGGGACGACCAAGACUACGGCGCGGAGACGCGGCUCAACCGGCGGUUCCAGCACGCGAACAUUGUGCCGAUGCUCGCAUCGCUCUGCUACGGCCCCGAGCUCGUGUCCUUCUACCCGAUUGCGCGGAUGUCCCUGCACGCGCUCAUGGGAGAGCCGGCGCCCACGUUCCCACACGACACCACCGCACGGAUAGUGGGGCAGGUGGCAGAUCUCUUCUCCGCGCUGGAUCGCAUACAUACCGGAGACAAGCACGGCGUCGGGUACCACCUCGAUAUCAAGCCGGCCAACAUCCUGGUGCGCAACGAUCACAGCUUCGCACUGACCGAUCUCGGGAUGGGGCACUUCAAGGCGUGCUGGGCGCCAGCACAACCACAAUCACAGGACCGCUCCCUCUCCACGAUCCGCAUGCGCCCGUUCAGCGAGUACGCCGGGCCCGAGAUGGCCGGGAAGUGGAUCCAUCGGUCAUUCGACAUCUGGCCAAUGGGCUGCGUAUUCCUCGAGCUGCUCGUGUGGCACGCCGAGGGCAGCGCGGGCGUCGCCGAGUUUCGCCGCGCGAGGGAGGAGAAAAAGGCCUGCCGCAUUGUUGCGUACUUCCACGAGGACGGCGAGGUGAAGAAUGUGGUUCGGGAGAAGGUGGUGGAGCUCGAGGAGCGAAUGCAUGAUGAUCAUGUGUUCCGAGGCGCGCUCGGAGUCGUUAAGCGCUUGCUUAAUCCCGAUGAGGCGCAGCGCCCUACUGCCCGCGAAGCGGAGGGGUUGAUCCGUACUCUCCUCCGGGACCACAAGGACAGUGGCCGUGAUGUUCGGACGGUCCCCUCCAAACAACACGGCAAGAGCCUCCUGCGGGAUUACCGCAACGAGGAGUUGGUCCAGCGCCGCAAGCUCCCGGUCCGCGGCUACGCCACCUACAUCUUAUCCACGAUCUGGCUGUCGCUGAAGCCGCCGGGGGCCGGGUUCAGAGUUGGCCUGGGCGUCGGUGUCAGCGUCGGUGUUGCGGCGACAGCGAUGAUCAGAAAGUCGUGGAAGUGA